CUGGCUUGGACGCUACUUUCCCUCUCGCCACCAACUCGAGAAUAUCGUCUACAUCUGGACCGAUGAGAUAGCAGCAUUGAAUUCAGCAAGCCUCCGGCUCGCACACAAUUACCAUCAUGGCUUCAAGAGAAGACGACGAAGCGCUUGCACUGCAGGACGACGAGCUCUUGGCUCUCGAAGCCAUCUAUCCGGACCGCGAUCAAGUCAGCAUACAGAGACGUCGCGAAGGCUCUGAUGAUCGGCAUAUUGUCACCUUUGCUCUACCAGUCGUACUUUCCGAAAAGCUCCGUGUGGGCAUCUCACAAGCGGCAUCGACGUCUAGCUGCUCUCCCGGCAGCCUCCAGUUGGCCCACUUGCCGCCAUUGACCCUCGUCGUCUCGCUGCCCGGGCGAUACCCACUCAAAGAGCCACCCAUUGUCAAACGCCUUGCAGCCCCCUGGCUGGAUCAUAGCUGCAAAGACGAUGCACAAGCAGCGUGGCUAUCGAGUCGCUUGUCAGAAAUGUGGCAAGAGAUGCAGGGCGAAGUCCUCUGGACGUGGGGCGAAUGGCUGCGCGAAGGAUGGGCAGAAGAGGCUGUCGCCGGGUUUGGACCCUUUGCAAGCAAGCCGGGAAAGGGAAGCUUGUCAUUCACAGAGCCAACCGCAGUCGCAUCGACGACCUCCUCGUCGUCGACCACCCGGUCCCUCAGCGACAUCCUCCUCGCCUACGACCGUCUAGCCAGCAAUGCAGCCUUCGAAGGCGGGCGCUUCAUGUGCUCCAUCUGUCUCGAUGCCAAACGAGGCGGAGCUUGCGUAAAGCUUCAAGCCUGCUCGCACGUCUUCUGCAAGGACUGUCUCACCGAUUAUCUGAACCUUCACUUGACUGAGGGAUCGCUGCGACUCGCUACCUCGUGUCCCGAUCCGUCCUGCGUCACUUCUUCCGCUCGCCAGGGCAACGGGCAAGCUGGCGCCAGCAUGGGAUCAAACGGGCAAGGGCUCCUCUCCAUCAGCGAGGUCGAGUCUAUCCUCUCCCCCUCCCACCCGGAGCUCAUCUCCCGCCUACAUUUCCUCGUCGCCAAGCACAUUGCAGAAUCAGACCCGUCCGCGGUCCCCUGUCCACGAACAGGCUGCCAGACCCUCGCUCCUCUCCGGCCUGAGGACCGUGACUCCACCCGCUACCAAUCCUUCAGGCAAUGUCCCUCCUGCUCUCUCACCUUCUGCUCCUGGUGCAGGCACACCUGGCAUUCUCCCAAUCCUUGCAGAAUAGCCUCGAGCGACGCCCUCCUCUCCGCCUACGAUGCAGCCUCCCCUCAUGAGCGAGCAGCCAUGGAGGUACGGUAUGGCAAGAAGAACCUCUUGAGGCUGAAGGCACGCUUCGAGGAGGACAAGGCAAACAGACGGUGGUUGAGCGAACACGCCACUCCCUGUCCGCACUGCUCCUCCCCCGUAGAGAAGACGGUGGGUUGCAAUCACAUGAUCUGCUCGAAGUGUCAGGCCCACUUCUGCUACUUGUGCGGGACGAGGUUGAAUGCGGCCAGGCCCUACCAGCAUUUCAACACUCCCGGGGCGGGAUGUUACAACAGGCUAUUCGAUGGAUUACUCCCGGCCAGUGGCGCCGCUGGUGGAGAAGACGAGGGAGAGGGCGGGGAUGGAGAAGAGGAAGACGUGGCUGGAGAGGGAGCGGAGCGACGAGAGGCGAGAAGGAGGGACCAGGAAGAACAUUUGCUGGCCCUCGCGGCGAUUCAAGCUGCUUGGGAGGAUGAGCUUUGACGAGGGAUGAGGAGAUCAUUUUGAGCGUGGACCAGCAGCGCAAUUCACAUCUUGUAGCAUCACAGUAUUGUCUAAUAGCCAGCGAAGCUCACUUUGACCACCUUUCGACGUGGACAGUGGCGGUGGUCGCGGCGCUCCUUCAUCUCUGCCGCUUCUUCGAUCGCGGCGAGGAGAGGAUGCGACGUGCUGAUGGAAGAGAGCGA